AUGGUUGUAACGAAGUGGUCACCUAAAGCUGAGGAGGAGGAACAAGAGGAAGAGGAUAUACCGAUGUGGAUUCAUAUCACAAAGGUCCCUCUACAUAUGUUCUCUUGGGAAGGUCUCAGUCUCAUUGCUAGUCCAGUGGGAUUUCCGGUUAAGCUUCAUCCGAAAACGCUAGCUUGCUCAAGUUUUGAGGUAGUAACGGUCUUUGUGAAAGUUGAUGUCUCGAGAACAUUACCGAAGGAAAUGAAUUUUGCGAAGAAUGGUAAGGAGUUUACUGUGGAAUUCUAUUACCCAUGGCUUCCUUCUAGAUGUACUUGCUGUAAUAAAUGGGGGCAUAAUGAGAAGGUGUGUGCUUUGAAGAAAAAAGGCAAAGAUAAGGAGUCUGUUUCUGGUUCAGCAAGUGGGCGCAAACAUGGUAUUACUGCUAGGGAGAAGAGUAAUGAGUCAAAGGGGGGUGACUUGAAAGAUUCUUCUGCUUCUAAAGAAAAGAUGGUAGAAUCAGCCAUUAAAGAAGGUGAAGGAAAAUCUGUGGGAGAAGCGGAAUGGUCUGAGGUCUCUCCAGGGAAGAUUGGUAGAUCGCAAAUGAAUACUCCUACUAGAGUGGAUGCAGAAAUACAUAUCUCAGCAUCUAAAUUCUCAACUUUAAGUGUGAGUGCAGAAGAGGAGGGUGAAAUAGUAGAGGAAGCUCAGGAUUAUGAUAUUGAGGAUGUAGAUGAUUUGGAUAUGGAAGAGAAUAUGGAGGAGAUGGUUGAGUUGAUUGAAGAUAGUAAGUUGGAGCGUAGUAAAAGCAAAGAGAAACCGGUUCAGCAAAGAGGAAGGAAGAAAAGUCAGAAGGCCAAAGCUCAGGAUGCAAAUCCAAAGAGUAAAAUGUCUUCUCGACGAAAAAACUAA